AUGACCAGCAGCUUCGACUCCGUCGGCACGUUGCUCGCCGAGAUUGCGAACCUCCUCAACGACAGCCUGCGCAUCUUCCAGCUCUCAGACAAGCGUCAUUGGGGUGCCGAUGAGCACGAGCAGCUGCACGCGCUCGAGGAGACGCUCGACGAGGCCAAGAGGGACUUUCAGGCGCUGUCGCCGCUCGUCCAUGGCCAAUCCUAUUACGAGCUCGACCGACAACACGAAUCCGUCGAGGAGCUGCGUCGACUGCGCUCAAGAUUCAGCGCGCUCAUCCAGAACCUCAAAGACUGGAGUCGAUCCGGCGGACCGACAAACCCGACAUGGGUGCGAGACACGCAAAGGCUGCGCAAGGACUUGCACCGUGCCCAGUGCCGAGCGGCGAGACGCAUCUUCGCGUCCGACAAGGAGUCGUCCCGACGCUGCCUCGGCGGCUUUCUCGUCCAGCGGGUGCUGCAAAGGCUACACCGGAACGGUGCCGUGGCCGACGGUGGCGGUGCCGGGAUGAGGGACGUGGGAGAGGCCCAGAGACAAUUGGCAGAAGUGCGUGCCUGCUCCGAGAUCGGUGGCUUCGAGCGCUUCGGUGAGGAUGACAUUGCCUUCAUUUGCGACUUUUGCGACGGCCAUCUCGUAUGGGAGGACCUGGAGAGGAUCCCGACAUCGCGUUACGGCAGCGACGAACCGGGCAGCUCCUCGACACCACCGCUGCUGUCAACGACGGCCACGGCGGCCGCCAACGUCCGCUGGCAGGCCACCGGGACGAGCAUGUCUACGGCUCAACCGAAGCUGGUGGUGUUUGCCCCCGUCGCAAUUGCGAAUCAUGCUGCGCCCGCACCCAGCGACUGGCAGGCGUCGAUAACAUGUCCCUUCUGCGAAGAAGUGGCCCAGCAGCCGCAAGAGGAGGACGACGACGAGGAUGCCUACAAGCCGGAGGGGGAGUUUGACGAUAUGGCAACCUUUCAGGACCAUCUUGAGUGGCAGCAUCCCGCGGCGGCGUUGCCCACGCCGGACUCGUCCACCCAGCACUGUCGCAUCAUGUGA